AUGAUGGUUGGACGACGUGGAUUCACGAUGAUGUUCGUCGUGUUGGCAUUGGUGAAUACGAUUUCCUGCGCCGAGUCCGCCGAGGCUAAGGCUGAGAAUGAUGCCUCUGGUGAAAAGUCACUUGAAACCAAAUCUACCGUACCACCACCAGCUACCGUAACCGUCGCUACCGUAGUCAACGUUACUGUAGCUAGUUCUGUAUCGACGGAAAAACCGGAAGACGACGAGAAACCGAUUACCGAAACCAUCCGAACCUACAUUGAGGACUCGGUGAAAUCUGUGAAACACGCGAUCUCGAAAAUCGGAAAAUUCGUCGGAGAACUGUUCGAAGACGCGCCGAAAUCCAACUCGACAGCUCCCGUCAACGCUACCGUAGUCCCCGCCGUGAUUCUCUCGAGUACUGUCGCUCCAACUACCGAUAAGCAUUAA